GGAUGGCUGAGAGAACCAAGCUAGUCACAGGCGUGAGAGAAGCACUAAAAAGAUUGGAAACAAAAGAUUUCAGUUCAAGAUCAGCGUACCAGAAACUAAUCAACAAUGCCGAAGACUGCCUUUUUGCCAUAUACAAAGCUGGUCUUUCUCUGAUCAAUUUUACACAAGAAGAAAAAUUAGAAUUUGGAAUUUUGCUCCAACAAGCAUUACCAGCCAUUGGCUGUCGUAUCAGUUACAUCGUGUCAAAUUUUCCACCGGGUAGCCUACGGUCAUCAAAGAUAGAACGAUCGGGGCUUCAGUUCCUUUUCGACGAUUACAAAGACUUUCCUGUUUCCAAAAACAAUGAAGAUGGAGAUGCGUAUGACAUGUCUACAGCUUUGAGUGAUUUCAGAGAGAAAGAAGAUAUUGAAGCAUGGGAUGACUGUUUGAAGAGGAUGGUUGUAGAUGACCUGGAUCCAGGGGUUGGUGCCCCUCAACCUUCUACACCGGUUGUGCCUUCUACCCAUUGGUGGUGGGUUUUUUAAAUUAAGAAGAUAAAUAAACAGUUAACAAACAAAUAAACAAUUUUUGAUGAUUUAGAUGAGGUUUGUUGGAGGACUGAAGCAGAAGAACUUCAACAAACUAUUUUCAAUCAACUUGGGGAUAGAGAAUGGGACAUCGUAGACAAGGAAGAAUGGACUAAUUUUCUACAAAAGGUCGCAUAUGGUGGUUAUGAUCUUCCAUCAAAAAAACUAACAGAAGAUAAUAAAUUUACCUAUGACAAACCAUUAGACCCAAUUAAAAAAAUCCUUCCUGUAAUCUGAACCAGAAAAAGCAUCAGACCAUCUUCAAUAUAUUUAGUUGACACAUCCUGUCAAGUCUACUCAUCUUUGAGUGACUAUCUAGGCCAUAAUACUUUGCCUAAAUGCAUGUGCUGCUACCCUUGUCAUGGAUAUUAUUAUGAUGCAGAUGAUGCUUGGUAAUGUACUUAUAGACUUUGGAGUUACACCUGCAUAUGAUAAAGUCAACAUAAUUUCUUGUUGUGUUUCUAACACAGUAGCUGUAGAAGCAACUAUGGAUGCAACAAUGGGUAGCUCUCUUGGGUUUGCCCAGCAACAAUGGGUGACUCUCUUGGGUAUGCCCAAGGACCCUUGUUAUUGUUGCUAGGGUCAUUGCUGUAAUAGGGUAGGCGGUUAGGAUUAAAUAUGGUGUUUUGCACAAUUUUGUUAAUAUAUCCUUGGCAUGGCUGUUAUUGUAGACAAAGGUGAACUAAAUGAGUUGACAAAACUAGAUGUUUUUCAGAUGACUACAUCAUGUCUUUUCUUCAAAAACAUUGAUAUUGAUUUGAAAACGGCCUUUAGCAUCAUUAAAGAUGUUGAACAAGAUGUGAUUGUGAAACAUAGCGACAUAUGUGUUCCUGGUCAAUGAAACGUUUUAGCUGUGUGGACCACAUGAUUAGCACAUAUCUCCUCAGCGAAUUAAGACUCAUAUACAUAUUAUCAGGAGAGCAGAGCUUUAUGAGAUCAUGGUUUGCCUAGCCGCAGACAAUCAAAAGGUGAGAUGAUUAUAUAUAUCAGUUUAAAGUUUGGUUUAAAUUAUUGCAUGUUACGAUAUGAGUUAUUGCACUUUACAAUAUGAGUUAUUGCACUUUACAAUAUGAGUUAUUGCACUUUACAAUAUGAGUAAUUGCACUUUACAAUAUGAGUUAUAAUCAUACCCAAAAAAAAAACCCCACUAUGAUCAGCGAAAUAUUUUAUUGUCUCAGGUCAAAUUUUUAUAGAUGAUUAUAGGUGAUUAUAAUUAAAACUAUUUGAUCAUUAAUAAGUUUAUUUUUGCGAAAAGGAUGUGAUGCAUUGGAAUAGAAUCAUCAAUUCGUUGUUUUACAAGCUUUAAAAAAUAGAAAAAAUUUACAGUAGUUAACACUGACAUGCUUUGAAACAAAUAUUAUGUGAGCUAAACGUUUAUUGUCAUUUUUUACGAUCUUGACAUGGACAUAUAGCACUGCUGUAUAUUUAUGAUACAUACCUUCAAUAUAAACUUUCACUACUUUAAAUCCGAGAAAAUUUUAUUUUUAAGGUAUCAAAUUUACAUUGUUGUUACCGGUACAAGGAAAUUCCAAUAUUUUUUCAGUAACAUGUAAAUAUAUGAACUUGAUAUUGGCUUAUAUCUACAAAAUUUAAUUAAUCACCCACACUGUUAAGAGCAUGUAAAUACAUUUAUCUAGUUCAGGGGUCUCCAAACUUUUCAGCUCGAGGGCCGCAUUAACGAUGAAACAGCAGUUUGGGGGCCGACUACACACUCGAGGUCCAUAUUAAUAAGAAUCAAAACAUGGAUGUUGUUUUGAAUUAUUUAUUCAAUAAUAUUUUAUUCAGUUAUUAUUUAAUAACACAUUUAUACACUACACAUGAACCCGCCUCUAUUUAAAUUCAGUAAAAACAUAGUGUGCACGAAAGCGACGGCUUAUCUUAGCAGGACACACGUUAAAUUCCGUAUUUUUUUCCGUAGACAAAAAGGUCUCCGCGGGCAGCAUUAGAGGGCCUCUUGGGCCGCAUGUGGCCCGCUGGCCGUAGUUUGGAGACCCCUAAUCUAUUGCAUGAGUGCAUGUUUAAAGUUAAUAACUAGUUAAUAUCAAAUUUAGCACAUAACGUGUUCGUUUCAAAACAACCCCAUUGUGAGAGAGAAUUAAAGGUACACCAUAAACUAUUUAUGAUUGUCUCUCAUAAGAAAAAUAUAAAAUUGGAGCCAAUGCAAUUAAAAAAUACAAAGAUAAUCAUAAAAACUACGCAGAAAUGACCGGUAGUGCAAGAAACCGAAAAAGAUUACAAUAACCAAGUGGUCAUGUCUAAACAGUUCAAUUAUAAAUCUAUUUUCUAUGUAAUCAUUUUCUAGGUCAAGUUAACUCGAGAGGGAUUUAAAGGAUUACCUGACCUAUUGACAGCAAAGGGUUAAAGUUUUAUCCAAACAACUUUGAGAUGCAUCCAAAAAGGGAAGAACAGAUUUCAGAGAUGUCUCCCAGCAGUUGAAAACAGGUCCUUCUGGUACCAAAGAGUUCAUGAAAGAAAACAUGUUAAAAGAAGAUAGCUUGUUUGAAUGUAUGAAGCAGCGACAGUAGAUAUUCAGGGCAUAGCUUUUGGAAAUGAUAAUGUGAAUGAUAUUAUAGAUCUUCAGAAUCAACUUUUCAAUAAGAAGCUCAUGAGUCUGUUGUGUUUGAAAUUCUCAGUACUCAAAAAAUGACAAUACAGAAAUGACUACCUGGUAAUCAUAUUUUUUGGGGUACUAUGAUAUACUUUUAAUAUUGUGCACCACCCCCCCUCCCCCCAUUUACAAAGCAAUGAACUGUAGUUUAUUUAAAUGGUACUUGUGCUGGUACUUUAUUUCUUUUUUUAAAAAGAAUUCUGUUGCAGUAACAGCGAAUCUUUGUAUUAAUCAGGAAAGAAUCAUCUCCAAGUCCAAAUUUACACAAACCUACACAAAUACUUUGGGACCUUUCAUUAAAGACAUUACAAAAUUUAAAUUGUUUGGUACUGAACUAAAAAUCCAGAUUAAAAAUAACUGUUGUAAAAAUUGAAUUUGGGUCCCCAGCCAAUAUUAUUCAAUAUUUAAUAUUCAAGCUGGAUUUAAAGAUCAAAUCAAACUUUUAAAUAUAUUUCCUAUUAAAAUGUAGGCUAGUCGACAAUGCUGAAGAAAACCGUUUUUUUUUUAUUUUUUAAUAAAAAAAUAAUUACUAUG